GAUUCACAGGAAUACUCGAAAGUACAAAGGGAUCUACAUAACACAUGUUUUCGAUAAUAAUGUGUGUCUAGAUAGCACGAUGUGGUUGCAUUUCUCAUCCAAGUUAAUCCUAUCGCAAAACGUCCCCAGACAGUUCGUGUUUCGAUCCUAUCUUCCUCCACUCACAUGUCCGGCUGGGAUGCCUACAUCACCACUAUGACGGACGCGUCGCCGGCGAUUAAACGUGCCGCUAUCGUAGGAAGUGCUGACGGUUCAGUAUGGGCUCGUACUCAAAAUGGAAAUACAUUCGCCGCGACGGACGCUGAACUGAAAAAAUUCGUUUCGUUAUUCGAUAACCUAGCCGAUGUCCCAGCACAUGGCGUAGAUCUCGAAGAAGUCCACUACAUUGUGCCUCGCACCGAAGAAAAUCUCAUCUUCGGUAAAAAGGACAAGAGCGGCUUUUUUGCUGCCAAGACAAAAUCCGCUGUGCUAAUUGCUGUUUACGAGGGCGAGAACCAGGUAUCUGCACAAGUUCGCACUUCCGUGGAGAAGUUGGCCAAGUAUCUAGAGGAGAUUGGCUACUAGGCUACUCCGUAAUGAUCUGCCUUGGUGGCUAAAGGCCCCGUUCAUCAUGCGUGUUGUCUUCAAAAAUUCCUUCUGCUUCAUUCACCGAGUCCAUUCCUUACAAACGACGGUAAUACUAGGUCAAAUGCGGCUCAUUGCGUCUUCCUCGUUGUUGUUUGUGUUUUUACAAUAUGUAUGUGACCACAUGUUUAAUUAUUCUACUGAAUGGUAGUCUUCGUUUCUGGUGCGAUUUCCGGUGUUCUUAUUGCAAAGACGUG